AUGGGGGAGCCCUCUUCCACAGAUCCUGAGAACGCAUCUACAGGUGGUCAAGCCCCACUGUGGAAACAGAUGGACUUUAUUAGGCCUGUAGGACUAGGGAGUGGGGAUCGGCCCCUUUGCUGCCCCUCAGAGGACUCACCCCACUCCACGGACAGCUCCAAGCUGGUGCAGAAAUGCCUGCAGCAGUUCAUGGUGACGGAGGCACAGCUCCAGCAGAUCCAGGCCAGCCUCUUGGGCUCCAUGGAGCAGGAGCUGAUGGGGCGGAGCAGUCCUGCCCCCACUGUCCGUAUGCUGCCCACUUAUGUGGGAUCCACGCCGCAUGGCACCGAGAAAGGAGAUUUUGUGGUGCUGGAGCUGGGGGCCACAGGAGCCUCACUGCGUGUUCUUUGUGUGACGCUGACGGGCACGGAGGGACAAAGGGUGGAGCCCAGGAGUCGGGAGUUUGUGAUUCCCUCAGAGGUGAUGCUGGGCCCUGGCCAGCAGCUCUUUGACUUUGCUGCCCGCUGCCUGGCUGAGUUUCUGGAGGCGCUCCCCAUGGGUGACAGACAUCUGCCGCUUGGGUUCAACUUCUCCUUCCCUUGUCACCAGACGGGCCUGGACAAGAGCACCCUCAUUUCCUGGACCAAGGGCUUUAGGUGCAGUGGUGUGGAAGGCCAGGAUGUGGUCCAGUUGCUGAGAGAAGCCAUUGAGAGGCAGGGGAUCCCCAACCUCGAUGUGGUCGCUGUGGUGAAUGACACGGUGGGUACCAUGAUGGGCUGUGACCCCAGGCUUGGGCCGUGUGAGGUUGGGCUCGUUGUAGACACUGGCACCAACGCCUGUUACAUGGAGGAAGUGCGGCACGUGGCAGUUCUGGAUGAGGACCGGGGCCGCAUCUGCAUCAGUGUCGAGUGGGGCUCCUUUGGUGAUGAUGAGGCCCUGGGGCCAGUCUUGACCCCGUUUGACAAAACGCUGGACCAAGAGUCCCUGAAACCUGGUGCCCAGAGGUUCGAGAAGAUGAUUGGAGGGCUGUACCUGGGUGAGCUAGUGAGGCUGGCUCUGGCUCACCUGGCCCAGUGUGGGCUGCUUUUUGGAGGUUCCACCUCCCCGGCCUUAAUGAGCCAAGGCAGCGUGACCCUGGAGCACAUGGCUGCGAUGGAAGACCCCUCAGCAGGCAGAGCGCUCGCCAUCCUAGAGAGCUUGGGUCUCAGCCCGCGGGCUUCGGAUGUGGAGCUUGUGCAGCGCGUGUGCGAGGCUGUGUCCACCAGAGCUGCCCGCCUCUGCGCUGCCUCCCUGGCCGCCGUCCUGGGCCGCCUGCAGCACAGCCGGGAGCAGCACACGCUCCAGGUCUCUGUGGCCACUGGGGGCCGAGUGUUUGAACAACGCCCCAGAUUCCUCAGCAUUCUGCAGGAGACAGUGAAGCUCCUGACCCCUGGAUGUGAUGUCUCCUUCGUGCCCUCUGUGGAUGGCGGUGGCCAGGGCGUGGCAAUGGUGACGGCUGUGGCCGCCCGGCUGGCUGCCCACCGACGUCUGCUGGCGGAGACGUUGGCGCCGUUUCAGCUUGACCGCGCUCAGCUGGCUGCGGUGCAGGCCCAGAUGCGGGAGGCCAUGGCCAGGGGCCUCCGUGGGGAGGCCUCCUCCCUGCGAAUGUUGCCCACCUACGUGCGUGCCACGCCCGAUGGCAGCGAACGCGGGGACUUUUUGGCUCUGGACCUUGGGGGCACAAACUUCCGAGUCCUCCUGGUGCGUGUGGCCUCUGACGGUGUGACGAUCUCCAGCCAAGUCUAUGCCAUCCCGGAGCAAGUGACCCAGGGCUCUGGACAGCAGCUCUUUGAUCACAUCGUGGACUGCAUUGUGGACUUCCAGCAGAGGCAGGGCCUGAGCGGGCAGAGCCUCCCUCUGGGCUUCACCUUCUCCUUCCCAUGCAGGCAGCUUGGCUUGGACCAGGGCAUCCUCCUGAACUGGACCAAGGGUUUCAAGGCAUCAGACUGUGAGGGACAAGAUGUUGUGACACUGCUUCGAGAAGCCAUUGCGCGCAGACAGGCAGUGGAACUGAAUGUGGUUGCCAUUGUCAAUGACACGGUGGGUACCAUGAUGUCCUGUGGCUAUGAAGACCACCGCUGCGAAGUUGGCCUCAUUGUCGGAACGGGAACCAAUGCCUGCUACAUGGAGGAGCUCCAGAACGUGGCAGCCGUGCCCGGGGAGUCUGGCCACAUGUGCAUCAACAUGGAAUGGGGCGCCUUUGGGGACGAUGGUGUGCUGGACGUGCCCAGAACCCACUUCGAUGCUCUCGUGGACGAGGCAUCCAUCAACCCUGGCAAACAGAGGUUUGAGAAGCUCAUCAGUGGCAUGUACCUGGGGGAGAUCGUCCGCCACAUCCUGUUGCAUUUGAACAGGCUGGGCGUGCUGUUCCGGGGCCAGCAAACCCAGUGCCUGCAGACGAGGGACAUCUUCAAGACCAAGUUUCUAUCUGAGAUUGAAAGCGACAGCUUGGCUCUGCGGCAGGUUCGAGCCAUCCUGGAGGAUCUGGGGCUGCCCCUGACCUCGGACGAUGCCCUGGUGGUCCGAGAGGUGUGCCAAGUGGUGUCCCGGCGAGCUGCCCAGCUCUGUGGGGCGGGCGUGGCAGCCGUGGUGGAGAAGAUCCGCGACAACCGGGGCUUGAAGGAAUUUACGGUGACUGUGGGAGUGGAUGGGACCCUCUACAAGCUGCACCCCCACUUUGCCAGCUUGGUGGCGGCUACUGUGAGGGAGCUGGCGCCCUGCUGUCGAGUCACGUUCCUGCAGUCGGAGGAUGGCUCUGGCAAAGGUGCAGCCCUGGUCACCGCUGUCGCCUGCCGCCUCGCCCAGACCACCCGGGUCUGA